CUAGCUAGCUACACCUCUGGUUGUUGCGGGCGCGUGCCUGUCUUCCCCGCCGCGCGCGGUCCUCUCGGCUGUUGAGGCGCGUUCCGGCGGUCGGGGAGAAACGGGGAGCCGGCUCCGGCCGGCGGAACGGCGUCUCAAUCAUGGGCAGCCUUUGCUCCAAGGAGCAGGUUGUCGAGGAGGAACACGUGCCGGUGCCGGUGCCGGACAGGUUGCGGCUGCAGAAGGCGCCCAGCCAAUCCCUGAAGCAGCUCAUCACUCUCACCGCCAAGGAGGAUUCUGCGGUCGUCGCGCCGGUCGUGCACGCCGUCAUCAGCAGGUCCGAGUCCAGCGUCAAGCCCAAGGCGCAGCCUACCACCGCGCCCGAGAAGAAGGCUCCGGUGCUCGUCGUCGCCUCUCUCAACAAGUCGUACAGCACAGCCGGGCUCACGCACCACCGGCGGCCCACCGUGGACACCGGCGACCAUGAUGCAGCGGACCCCAUCCCGCAGGGCGUGCCCCAGGGGUUCUCCGGCGAGCACGUGAUCGCCGGCUGGCCGUCCUGGCUAACCUCCGUGGCCGGGGAGGUGGUCCACGGGUGGCUGCCCCGCCGUGCCGACACCUUCGAGAGGUUGGACAAGAUCGGGCAGGGCACGUACAGCAACGUGUACAUGGCGCGCGACCUGCAGAGCGGCAAGAUCGUGGCGCUGAAGCGGGUGCGCUUCGUCAACAUGGACCCGGAGAGCGUGCGGUUCAUGGCGAGGGAGAUCCACAUCCUGCGCCGGCUUGACCACCCCAACGUGAUCAAGCUGGAGGGCAUCGUCACGUCACGCCUCUCCCACAGCCUCUACCUCGUCUUCGAGUACAUGGAGCACGACCUCGCCGGCCUCGCCGCCACCCCAGGCCUCCGCUUCACCGAGCCGCAGGUCAAGUGCUUCAUGAGGCAGAUCCUGGCCGGGCUCCACCAUUGCCACGGCCGCGGGGUACUCCACAGGGACAUCAAGGGGUCCAACUUGCUCAUCGACGACAACGGCGUGCUCAAGAUCGCCGACUUCGGGCUGGCCACCUUCUUCGACCCGGCCAAGACGCAGCACCUCACGAGCAGGGUCGUCACGCUGUGGUACCGCCCGCCGGAGCUCCUGCUCGGAGCCACCGAGUACGGGGUCGCGGUCGACCUGUGGAGCACCGGCUGCAUCCUCGCCGAGCUGCUCGCCGGAAAGCCCAUCAUGCCCGGACAGACCGAGAUUGAGCAGCUGCACAAGAUCUUCAAACUCUGCGGGUCGCCGUCCGAGGAGUACUGGGCCAAGGCGAAGCUGCCGGACGUGACCCUCUUUAAGCCGCAGCGACCCUACAGGCGCCGGACGGCCGAGACCUUCAGGGACUUCCCUCCCACGGCGCUGGACCUCGUGGACACGCUGCUGGCCAUCGAACCCUCCGACCGGGGCACCGCAGCUUCGGCACUCGAGAGCCAAUUCUUCAGAACCAAGCCGUUGGCGUGUGACCCGUCGAGCUUGCCCAAGUACCCGCCAAGCAAAGAGUACGACGCCAAGCUCCGCGGCAAGGAGGCCAUGAGGCAAAACGCGGCGGCAACCAUAGCAGGUAAGGGCUCCCUGUCCGUGAAGCCGGGAAGAAACGACGAACCCAAGCCAGUAGACGCCGUUGGAGCAGGCAGCCAGGUUACGCCGUCGACCAAUUCACAUUGCUGGCGCCGCUGUCCCACCGAUGGUCAGCACAGUGCCCAUCUCCACCGCUCCCCCGCGCAGCUCCAUCCCCUCCUGCAUGUGAGUGCAGAGAAGCAAAAUUGUUCUGAUCAGCAGCAGCACAGCACAGUCACUUGGAUCAGAGGAAGAGGAACAUCAGCAGCACGGGAAGAGGAGCAGCAGCAGCGGCAGCACGGGCAGAGCUCCUCCGGCGGCAGGGGAGAAGCAGCCGCACGGGCGCACGAGCAGAGAAGGAGCAGCACGGCCGGGGUUGGCAGCGGCGGCUGGGGUUGCCGCGAGUGCGAGGAACUAGUCAGGGAUGCGAGGAGGGCGAUGAGGAGGAGGCGCCCGUCGAAGUGGUCGCCUUGGAGGAGCAGCCGCAGGUGGGCGGCGGGGCAGCGACGCUGGUGGGCGGCGGCACAGGUGGGCGGCGGCGCAGGUGGCCGGCGGGGCAGGGGAGCAGGUGGGUGGCGGCGCAGGUGGGUGGCGGCACAGGUGGGCGCCCGCUGUUUCUACGGCGGCUGCCGACGGCCGCUUGGUCCAGCCGUGGUCGAAGGAGGAAGAAGCAGAGGUGAGGGGGGAUUAGCACGAGAUUUAAAAUCAGAAGGUUUUUUUUGCAAAAUUAGAAAUGAACUGAGCUGGGGACAACUUUUCCCGGAUGGAGGGAGUAUCUCACAAAAUUUCAAAAAAGAAAUUGUAUCUCACAGACUAAUUAGUCUGCCGCUUAAUUGCGGUGUAUAUUUAAAAACUUAUUUCCAUUCAGAUCCAACAUGCAAGUUUCUUUUUCUAAACAAUUAGAAGUAAGUGAUCCAAAGACAGAAAGUAGGAGCCAAGUUGACUCUUGCAACUCAUUGGCAAAUGAAAAGGCAAGAGGGAAACCAUAUCUAAACUGUUAUGCAGUUUCAGUUCCAGAAAAUUUAGUACCAAGCAUUUGCGAAGUUUUAGCACCCAAUUAAGAAGCUUUAAUAGUAUGUUUGACAGAAUUUAUUCGCAUAAGAAAUAGUAGACUGGCCGCAUAGAAAAUAUAGAUAUAAGAAUGUAAACACAGAGAGGAUCUUCUUGCGUCCGCUUGCCAGUCCAAUCCUAAAUAUCAUAUGCAGGGAUGCAUAACAAUUAGGUAGAGAAUUCAACAACUAAUUUAGAAGGGCAGAGAACAAAAUCUUUAACACAACCGUUAGAAGGUGCCAUUUAUUUAUUUCCAUUUAAGAAGGAGAAUAACACUGUUCUUAACUGGAUGGCAGUGCUUAUAUUUAGAUACAGAGAAGGAUCCACGGGUGUGCAGUAUUGUGGCUAUAUUACUCUUUUGGAUGCCAAGCAUUUGAGCCGGAAGAGACAACAGAAUAUUAGGGAUGACAUGGAUAGAAUUCUAGCUUGUACAUAAAAUUCUUUUUAACCUGAUUAUAAUGUAAAGUUAGAUAUAAACAUUUUAGAAAAGCAUGACCAGAGUUGUACAAUAUUUUGUACAAAUAUUAUUAGUAUUGCCUAUCAUAGUAAGCCGUCCAUGUUUCUUUGAAGUACAAAACUACUACAGACUAAAGGAGAGCCAAUUCUAGAAUCUUAUCACUCAGCUGUGAUUACAAUAAGCUCAGUAGUUGCUCAACCCCUCCGCUCCAACUCUAGAACAACCAGUCCUGCAGUAAUCAAAAUAGACCAACCAAAAUGGCUAACUCCAUAAGCCCAAAUGCACACACCAAAAUUUGAGAAAUCCAAAACUGAUUAAGAAAACUAAGCCUACUCCUCCAAGCCACCAAACAUAAGAUGGCCAUCAGGCAACGGUUGAGAGAACAUGGCAGAAUUAGAUUCAUGUGGAAGUUAAUUUCCAUGGGUUCUCCAAAUGACAGAAAACAACACAAUUCAAGAAUGAAAACAAAUGACGAAUUCUUUCAUGAAAACACAUAGAAUCUUUGAGUGCAUCAGAUCACAUACUAAACACAUUAACAUGAGAGAUGAGUCAAUUAAAGGGAGAAAUAGGGGACGAGAAGUGGAGGAUUCGACCGGGCGGCGCUGGUAGGGGGAGAUUGGCACAAGAGGUAGCAGGUAAGGUCAACCGUCAUGCCAUCGCUCCCAGAUCUCCGGUUUCUCUUGUUCAAUCCUCCUCGCAGCCGCCGGUGCCCUCUUCCGCCACAAGCGCUGCUGCCAAGCCCGCUUAGAGGCAUGAAGGCACUGCAGCGCCGGGGAGGCAUCCGUGGAGAUGAUGCGACGCGGAUCCUAGGCUGGUCGCGACGGGCGGCGCAAGUCAGAAGAGACGGGGUGGAGGUGGUGCCCAAAAUGUGCGCUCGACCAGCAGGCUACCGCGAUGAGUAGAUUCGGUGCGGCGCAGAGAAGGCGGGGCCAAAGGCGGCGCAACGCCGUGCGGCUCCCCUCUCGAUCUUGCUCGGUAGUGACAGGGGAGAUGUUGGUCAUGGGUUGAGUGGGAGCUAGAUCGAGAAAGAAAGGAGAUCGAAGUGGAGGAAGAAGAUAAGGCGGCGGUUGCACGAGGAACAUACUACUCCCUCUUCCGAUAUAUUUGUCGCUCGGAAUUUUCUCCGACCAGGUGAAAACGGGAAAAAGUACCGAACUAUCCGCCGGCCGCCUUCCUUCGCUCCAAUUGAGAGCCCGAGGUCAGCCGCUCCUACGCCGUCCGCCACAGCUCCAGUGUCCUUCUCAAAUUGAUCCACAGCUCCAAUCCUCUGCUGCUCCCCUGCUCCUCUCGAGUUGAUCCACAGCUCCAAUCCUCUGCUACUCCGCUGCUUGAUUUUGGCUCUGGUCCUCUGUUGUUCGCCUUGAGCCCGAAGUCCGCCGCUGCUCCUGUCGGCACAUGGUGCUCGUCACUUGUUGCCUGUAGUGUCCCUUUCGCCUGGUUCGAGACCUGAAUUUUUGUGUGAAAAUCCCACAAGAUUGAAGUGAUUUUAAACUGAAGUUUUCACGUCCCUCAUAAGUGCAAAAAGAGAGUAACUGUUGCAGGUUCUACUGCUCGAUACCUUGGUUUGGGGUGAUUGGAGGAACAGAUACUUAGUACUCCCUCCGUAAACUAAUAUAAAAGCGUUUAGGUCACUAUUUUAGUAAUCUAAACGCUCUUAUAUUAGUUUACAGAGGGAGUACUUCAGUUUGAUUGGAGUGGUCUGCUGAUUGAAGUACUUGGUUCUUCAACUUUAUCCUCUGUUGUUGUUCCUCUUGUCUGGUUCAUCAAGUAAAUUGUGGUCGGAUUCUGAAGAUCACACUCGAGCAAACGGUUACUCUGAAUGUUCCACAGCAGAAAAUCAAUCACAGGAAUAGCAACAACAGCAAAGGUCAAUUGUGUGAACUGCAACAACAACAAGAUCAAUUGACAAAUUAAGAGUAGGUGCGUUGCUCCAUUUUCAGUAACAGUAUUGUUGUCACAGUGACUUGCUUUCCAUUUAACUUGAUUUACUGUUAACUUGACAUUUCUUGAUUUACUGUUAACUUGAUAUAUAUGGGCAGUUUAAAAAUGUUCACAACAGGCAAUGUAUGGUCAGUAUAAAAAUGGUUGAUUUACUCCAUUUUUAAAACAACUGACACAGUUACACAUUUUUAAGGCAACUGACACGGUAUUGUCAAACUUAUAUGUUCAGUAAGGUGCUCUGCUGAAUUUAUAUGGUCAGUGAGGUGCUUUGCAAAAAAUUUAAGCAACAAAUUUAGUUAGGUGCUUUGCUGAGUACUCCUAGGUGGGAGAUAAACAUGUUGAGUACUCCUAGGUGGGAGUACUCCAAAGAAUACAGAUAAAUGCCAAAGGAGUAGUGCUGAUAUGUACUUCUAUAGUUUCUGUCAGAAUAUGUAUGAACGACCAAUGUGUCAAAAAGAACAGACA